ACGGCUGUUGAUUGGUUCUCAGUCGUAUCCGGUGGGGCAGCGGUCCAGGGCUCUGGAAAAAAAUCGAAGCGAGGAGGAUCUGUUAACGGAACGCUUUGAGAAAUAUCAUCCAUCCCGGGUCACUAUCGAAGGGCUCGGCAGGAAUUCACAGUUUCUUCACAAAGGUUAGAGGUCACAGAGCGGGGUUGCAGUUGUCAUCAUGGCAUCUGGAAGUACAAGCAGCGAGGAGGAGCGGAGCCUGAGGGAGUGUGAGCAGUACGUGCAGAAACACAACAUUCAACAGCUGCUGAAGGACUGCAUUGUCCAGCUGUGCACCUCCAGGCCAGACAGGCCCAUGGCCUUCCUCAGGGAGUACUUCGAGAGACUGGAGAAGGAGGAGGCCAAGCAGAUUCAGAACCAGCAGAAGGCCAGCAGUUCCCGUUCAGAUUCUCGGGAUGAGGAGGUGUCUCCACCCAUGAACCCUGUGGUAAAGGGUCGCCGGCGGAGAGGAGCUUUUAGCGCAGAAGUCUACACAGAGGAGGAUGCAGCCUCAUAUGUCAGAAAGGUCAUUCCAAAAGACUACAAGACAAUGGCAGCUCUGGCCAAAGCUAUUGAAAAGAACGUGCUCUUCUCACACCUGGAUGACAAUGAGAGGAGUGACAUAUUUGAUGCAAUGUUUCCAGUUACUUACAUUGCUGGAGAAACGGUUAUCCUGCAGGGUGAUGAAGGUGACAAUUUCUAUGUAAUCGACCAAGGGGAGAUGGAUGUGUAUGUGAACAAUGAAUGGGUGACCAGCAUCGGGGAAGGAGGCAGCUUUGGAGAGCUGGCCCUGAUAUACGGCACCCCAAGGGCAGCCACAGUUAGAGCCAAGACCAAUGUGAAGCUGUGGGGCAUUGACAGAGACAGCUACAGGAGAAUACUUAUGGGAAGCACUUUGAGAAAGAGGAAGAUGUACGAGGAAUUCCUCAGGAAAGUGUCCAUUCUAGAGUCUCUUGACAAAUGGGAGCGUCUGACAGUCGCUGAUGCCUUGGAGCCCGUCCAAUUUGAGGACGGACAGAAGAUUGUAGUGCAGGGAGAGCCUGGAGAUGAAUUCUUCAUCAUCUUAGAGGGUUCUGCAGCUGUGUUGCAGCGUCGCUCAGAGAACGAAGAGUUUGUUGAGGUCGGGAGGUUAGGACCGUCUGACUACUUUGGUGAGAUCGCUCUGCUGAUGAACCGUCCUCGUGCUGCCACUGUGGUCGCCCGCGGGCCCCUGAAGUGCGUCAAGCUGGACCGGCCUCGCUUUGAGCGCGUCCUGGGUCCCUGUUCAGACAUUCUCAAACGUAACAUCCAACAGUACAACAGCUUCGUCUCACUGUCUGUCUGAAGGGACGUCUCUCUCUCUCUCUCUCUCUCUCUCUCUCCCUCUCUCUCUCUCUCUCUCUCACCCCCUCCCUCUCCUCUCUACCUGGUCCCUUUUUUUCUCCUUUUAGACCCAGGGUCCACCAAUGCAAUUUGCUUUUUGUCACUUUCUUCUUGUUUCCGUUGGCUUUUUCUCUCCUUUUUGUUUUACACACAUAUAUGAUUUUGUUGUUACCACCCAUUAUGCAGAGGUGACUUUCAGCCAUUCACCAGCGCUUGUACCAGCUGCUGUAUGCUACCUUGUAGGCACAGUUACAUCACGUUACCUAUGUUGCAUAUGUAUUUGCUGGUUACGCUUUCUUUUUUUAGACUUAAACACAAAGCAGGAUUGUGAGGAGAUCUGAAAGACAUUUGAGUCCCAGACUGAUGAGACAGGACAAUCAACUUUUACAUGGCGCUUUUGGUGUGAGAGAUUUAUGUUGUAAAUUGAAGUGAAGAGAGGACUAAUUCUUCCCUGUUAGAGUUUCCUUUUUGACACAAGUUAGCUUGAUUAAAACUAUAACAUAGAACAGAAUCUAGAAAAAUGUAGAAGGCAGGAAGAUUGCAUCAAAUGUUGUCAGGCAUUUUUAGGUUUCAUCUGUACGAUGGUUGUGCUCCUUUUGUUGUUUUUGGAUACUUUUGAUCAGUAUGAUGAGUCAACAAGGAGUGUUUUACUUAUUUUGAGAGAGCUUGUACAACUUACGUUUUUUCUUUAAUUGUGCAGCUACCAGGCUAGUGCCAAAUGUUUAAUUAUUGUCACAACGCAGAGAUGCAUAGCCGUGGAAAUGCAGUGCGUGUUCUGUUCCCCUGAUUAUAUGGAGCUCCAAACAGGAAGUAGUUCUUGCCCUUAAUGUCCUCUUAACCAGUAGAACGACCAUACAAGAACUGCCUUGACUACUCUGAGGAAAAAAAACAAGAAAGGAAAAAAAACAAGAGUAUUAAGUGUAUUUCAGUAUUCAAUUUUUUAGUAUAUACCAAAUAACUUGGUCACUUCUGCUAUGGUUUGUAAUCAGAAUGUUAUAAUAGUAUAGUUAAAAUGAUCAUAGUUAUAUUAUUAUCAUUGAAUAAAUGAUAAAUUUAUGGUUUGGAGUGAUGGUGAUCUUAAAAAUAAUACAUUUAACUGUCUUUUGUAAACACUUAUUUUUCCAUAAAUUCUAUUUUAGGUGUCCAGUGCCACAAAGUAACUAAAUGCUUCUUCUUGUCAACUGACAAAACAGUAUGUAAUUGUAUUGUGUCAUGGGUUAAACCUUUUAAACAUAGAUCAAAUGGAUAAUUACAGGUUUAUUAAAGUGAAGUCUUGGAAAAAAGGUGGUUUAUGGAUUUCAGGACAUCUGAAGUAUUUAUGUAUCAAAGUAUCACAGGUGAGCUGACAGGCAGAGUGAGCAGAUAUUUAUUUAAAACUAGUGUCAUUGCUUAUUGCCUAUUGAAAAGGUGGCUGUCUUUUCAUCAGAGUAGCUUGUGAUCUCUUCUCUAUGCUUACUUGGCAUGAUGUUUUUAGGCAUCCAGUGAUCCGGUAUGAAUGGAAGCGUGUAUUAAAAAAAGCGUACCCUGCAGCUGCGUGCAGAAGCAGGAACUUUGUCAAAUAUUUGGUUUGUUACUCCCUAGCUUAACUGCUUCAUGAAUAUUUAGAUGGCAUAAAAUGUUAUAUAUGUCCCUUUUUUAAAAAAAAAAAAAGACCUCUACCAAAUCACACAAUGUUGACUUCUGGAUUAUAGGCUCGUCAUUCCUGCCUCACUGUCUGUUACCAGAAAUGACAUAGAGCCAAUCAUGUGUCUGUUUCUGUUGUGUCUCAUUCAGAGCACUUGCUUAGAAUCGAUUUCUAUGAUUUCUGUAUGAUUUUUGUAUGUCUGGAAAGAUUUGAUUUUGGAGCCGAUUGCAGGGUAGUGAGGUUAGUGAGAAGGUUCUUUGUGAAUGGACAUGAGUGUAUUUUUCUUUCGUGUUUAAUUGGUCAUCUUCACCUGUCCCUCCCCCCUUUAACCUUGAGGUUAUCCUCGUGGAUUUGGUUACACAUGGAUUUGUGUCCGUCGACAACACAUCCUGUUUAUCCUCAUCUACAGGAAAUGACUCCGUUAGGGGUGACGAUUUGAUCAUUAUCAUUUUCAUGAUAAUAGGGGCAUCAUCGGUUUUAGUCAAAGAUGUUUUUAACCACACUGCAAUCGUCCCAGUUUGCCUUAGCUUACCUAACCUGGGCUUACAGUAGUCAGUCAGUCACUCCUGCUAGCCCAACCUUCAGUGAGUUUGUUAGGCCUGCAGUGCAGAGAGCUGCAGGUGUUCAGAGGACCAUUCUUUUUCUAUUCUACCCUGUGUUCAGUUUGACCUCCUGUAUGUGCAAAGAUGUUUAUCCUUUUGGUAUAGAUUGUUCCAGAUGGCAGUUUAAGCAAUAAAAAAAUAAAAAUGAUUCAGAUUUG